AUUUUUAUGAAAAAAAAAUAAUGAUGGUAAUCUGGUAGAAAUGACAGCAGAUGAUUAUAAAAAAACGUUUGAUGAUAUGUACAAAAUGAUAUUUGAAUUGAAUUCAAAACUUGAACAAAUAUUGUGUGACGGUAAAAAGGUUUGGAAUCAUAAAUCUAAAACUCCUUACCCUUUAUCACUAACUUAUUUCAAAAAUAGGGAUAGUUUUACCUUUAACCGUAAAGGUGAUUUCUUAUUAAUUACAAGAGAAAAAGAAAGAUGGGUGAUAAAGGGAGUAAAAGGUCCGACCCAUAUACAACUUUAUAAAAAAGGUUCUGAUGGUAAUGAAAUUAAGUUAACAAAAAACGAAUACAGUGUUUGCAUAACUGGAAAUGGGUCAUUAAAAUUGAAAAUUAACGCCGAUGUGGAGUGUUCCAAGAUUCGGAUUAGAAAUAAGGUUUUUUGGGAAAAAAGUAAUGUAGAUGAUUAUCCGAGAGCAAUUUACUUAACUCAAAGUCGGAAUAUUCUAUUGGAAUUCAAGGAAUAUAAAAUUGUAUUCGGAAGAAGGGCUGGAAUAUACUUUCAAAUGUAUAGUACAAGAAAUAAAAAAGCUGGAAAAUAUCCUUAA